AUGGCAAAAUCCCUUUUCGCCACUUCUCCCAUCGACGUUGGUCAUUUCCUAGUCUGCAUCGUUGCUGGCCAGUUCUUAGCCAUCAUAGAGUCUGGUCAGUUCAUAGCCAGCAUCAAGGUGUCCCUGUUCCUAGCCAGCAUCGACGUUGGUCAUUUCCUAGUCUGCAUCGUUGCUGGCCAGUUCUUAGCCAUCAUCAAGUCUGGUCAGUUCAUAGCCAGCAUCAAGGUGUCCCUGUUCCUAGCCAGCAUCGACGUUGGUCAUUUCCUAGUCUGUAUCGUUGCUGGCCAGUUCUUAGCCAUCAUAGAGUCUGGUCAGUUCAUAGCCAGCAUCAAGGUGUCCCUGUUCCUAGCCAGCAUCGACGUUGGUCAUUUCCUAGUCUGCAUCGUUGCUAGCCAGUUCUUAGCCAUCAUCAAGUCUGGUCAGUUCAUAGCCAGCAUCAAGGUGUCCCUGUUCCUAGCCAGCAUCGACGUUGGUCAUUUCCUAGUCUGCAUCGUUGCUAGCCAGUUCUUAGCCAUCAUCAAGUCUGGUCAGUUCACAGCCAGCAUCAAGGUGUCCCUGUUCCUAGCCAGCAUCGACGUUGGUGUUUUCUGGUCUGUAUCGUUGCUGGCCAGUUCUUCGCCAUCAUAG